AUGCUGCAAGCAACCAGAUCUGCGAAGGUCGGAGACUUGCUGACACUUACCCAGCCCAGUAGGACCCUCAAGUCAGGGAAGCACGAGAACCGUGUUGGGGUGGCGCUCAGAAGGACCAUGCCACCCGAAAGCAGCCAACUGCACCUGCGAGGUAUCCGUGGGCAGGUGGACGCGGAGGCUGCUGGCAGCCAGGAAGAAGCUGUCCCCCAGGAAAGACCCCGACCCGAAGAAGGUACCGGACCCGGGGUGGUGCGUUUGGCUCCGGGAGACCCUGCCACCUUCCGCUAUCCCCAGCAGGACAGCGGCAGCCCGCGGGGCCGGCCAGCCACCCUGGUCUGCACCGGGAAAAGUUUCCUACCCCUAGCAUUAGCCCCGCACCGGAGGAAACUGCGGGCGGUGGCGGUGACCAUGCUGCGGGACCGGUGCAGGUGGAUGCGCGUCAGCGCUCACAGGGGCCAGCUCAUCCUGGGCAUCCCGGAACACCGUGAUGAAGCCGGACUCCAAGAGUCUCUGGAGGCUGCCCUGUGGCCGGUGGGCCACGUUACCGUGCUGGGCAAAGUGUUCCGAGAGGCCACAGAGGCCCUGGUCGAGCUUCACCGGAAAGUCGAUUAUGCUUUGGUCCCCAGGGAAAUCCCAAGCGCUAGAGGUCCCUGGAACGUGGUCUUUGUGCCCCGAUGCUCAGGAGAGGAGUUUCUAGGUGGCGCGUUCCCCUUCCUGUGGCAACAGGGGCAGACGGUGGAGAGUGUGGCCGGUGCCCUGGGGCUGAGGCUGGGGCUGAGGCUUGGGCUGUGCAGGGUGUGCUGCAUCAGUCAGGCGGUCCAGCCUUGGGUGAAGAUCCUGCGGUACCAGCGCCUGGGCGUGUUUUCCGGGAGGGACCAGCGGACCCCGGGGAGGAAUCCUGUGAGGCUAGACCUGGCUAGACCUACCUCUGACAUGCUGCAUGUGCGGCGUGGGGUUUUGGAAAGGGAGAGGAGGAGGAGGAGGCUCAUGGAAGGCCUGCGAGGGAUGGCCCUGCAGUUUGUGCCCAGGAUCCUGGUGGAGAACCCUGCCAGGACCGCACAGGACUGCCUGGCGGCUUUGAUCCAGGUGUUUGGAGACAACGAGUCCCAGGCGACCAUCCGGGUGAAGUUUGCUCAACAGCAGUCAGGUGAGUGCCUCUCUGCUUUUGUGUUGCAGAUGGAAGCCCUGCUGCACAAAGCCAUCAAGAGAGGGACCCUGACCAGAGCCUCAGCUGACCGUGUGCCCCUGAGGCAGGUGCUCACUGGGGCCAGCCACACUGAGCCCCUGGAUGAAGCACUGGCAAAGCUGAGAGUGGUUGGGAGGCCUCCACGUUUCAUGGAGAUGCUGAGGAGUGUCUGAGAGUCUGAGGCGUGGGAGGCCAGUCUAGCCAGGAGCAAGAGAGCCCAGGCAGGGGAAGGGGCUGCUGCCCGGGCCAAUGCCCAGGCUGAUGCCAGAGCCAGAGCUAAGGCAGAGGCGGGCCCAGGAGGUCCGGGCUGGGAGCCCGAGGAGGGGCUCAAGUCCAUCCCAGACGAGCCAGGAAAUGAGGACGGGGCUGCGGAGAGAAGCAACUCCAAGUCCUCAUGUGGCCAAUAG